AUGUAUGCAAAAGCAGAGGAAAAAUGGUCACAUACUACACAGAAGUUGCUGCUACAUAAAAAGGAAAGCCACAAUGAGUUAUUGCCUGCUCUAAGGAGGCAAAUUGAUUUGUAUUCUGAAUUCCUAGCAAGUGUUGCUGAACUUGCCCGCUCCAAAUGGACUGAGUUUAAUUUAAAGAUGAUGGGUACUGGACUUGGAAUUAUGUUGAUAUCACUUCUUAUCCACUUCCUUGCAAUUAAGAAAGUGAAGGAGCAAUAUGGUUUUUCUUUUACUUCAUCUGGAGAUUCUGGGAUUUCCUUCGGGUUGAUUUUUUCUUGUUUUAUGGUGGUCAUACGUGCAUGCAGCUUCCUCGAAUAG